AGAGCUUUUAAUUUUUGAGCUUGACACCGGAACAAGUUUAUUUCCCGCUUUUGUGGUAGUGCUGCCGUGUUACCAUAGCAAUGGAUAGAAUCCGAUGGGAGGAGAAAUUCACCUAUUUUCAGGCAUUUGCACGUGGAUACUUGGUGAGAAACGAAGUCCGUCGCGCAAGACAAGAUUUUGAAGACAUCGUUCAAGAAAUUGAUGGGGGCUUGUCCCAUUUACAGUGGAGGGAGGCUGUCAUAUCUAUCCCCCACUUCACAGACAGUCACGGUCCACUUCUGGGAACCAGCAAUCCAUCAGAUCCAGGACUGGAUGUCGGUGACAGCACCCAGAGCCCAGCAGCAGCACCACCAGCAGCAGCAGCACCACCCUUAUCACAGGAGACAGAAAGACAUGUGCUGCUGGAGAAGAUAGAAGCUGAGAGAGAUGAUUCACAAACCAAAGGCCAAGCCUGUCCUUCCAGGGAUUGUUUUCCCAGUAGCUAUGUUGGAGGAGAUGGGGAGGGUCAGAUACAGAAGGGUUUUAGGAAUGAGGAGGGAGAAACAGAUGGAGGGAUGACAGGGAGCACAACCUCCACCAGCAUCUGGAGCAGUUUGGACCUGGACAUGAGCUAUGGUCACUCUCACAAAGGUUCCCAUCAGUACUGCUUGGCUCAGGAGGUGCCCCGUACUCCAGAGGCCCUGCGCCUCCACAGAAACACCCUGACCAUGGAGCUGCUCUGGCUCCAACAGGCCAUUGACAGCAGGAAAAAGUACCUGUCUCUGAAGGAUAGGCUGACCAUAUCCUGACAGCAACAAGGCAAUAUGAACAGGACUAGUAUUUUAUGAGUGAAGUAAAGAAAUAGUGUUUAUUUUGUC